AUGUCCAAGAGUCCUGUGAAUCUCGAUAAUAUUUAUGCCAACAACGUCGGCACUUUUAGGAAGAUCACCAACACUGUUCUACCGGUAAACUACCCAGAAAAGUUCUUCAACGAGCAGUUCGACGACAAGUACAAGGGCACCUUCUUCGGCCAGUUGGGCUACUUUGGUGAAGUUGCUGUUGGUGGCAUUAGAGCAGAGCUCUUGGCCAACAAAAACGGUGGUGUGAAGCCUGCAGGCGUAUAUGUUCAGGUUCUGGCGGUGCUGGAAGCUUACAGAGGCAAAGGCAUCGGGUCCAAACUUCUGAAGUACGUGGAAGAACAGUGUAAAACGCACUUUCAGCACAAAUUGUUUGUCCACGUUGCUGUUGAUAACAAAGAAGGUCUGGAAUGGUAUAAAGGACACGGGUUUGAAGUCGAGGGAGAUGAGCUAAAGGACUACUACAAAGACACUACCGGAUCGCCAGAUGCAUACGUCUUGGUCAAGCAAACAUGA